GCACUGCCAGCUGUCAAACCGCUUUCGCCAGCAAUAAUAAACGUCAUUUUGCAAAUGUUUUGUUUUGAAAACGAGAAUAUUAUUUGCCGCGCAGCGUUUGUGAAAAUACUUUUUAUGCAUACAAUCGCGUAAACUUGAAGAUCUACAAUGCUACCGCUCUCUUUACUCAAAACAGCGCAGAGUCAUCCUAUGUUGGUGGAGCUAAAAAAUGGCGAAACAUACAACGGACACCUGGUGAGCUGUGACACCUGGAUGAACAUUAAUCUGCGGGAGGUCAUCUGCACUUCUAAGGAUGGUGAUAAGUUUUGGCGUAUGCCCGAAUGCUACAUCCGGGGCAGCACGAUCAAGUAUCUCCGCAUCCCGGAUGAGGUAAUUGACAUGGUGAAGGAGGACAUGCAGUCGAAGUCGCGCAGCCGGGCCGAGAUGAACAAGGGUGGAAGGAACCAGAACCAGGGUCGGGGUGGCGGUGGUGGUGCUGGCGGAGGUGGUGGUGGGGGUGGUGGCGGCGGCGGCGGUGGGCGGAACAAUAUGAACGCCAACAAUCGGAACACUUUCGGUGGCAAUCGCGGUGGAAACCGGGCCGGACUGGGGAACCCGAACCGAAACGCACAGAACAAGAAAUAAAAGGCUGACACCGCGCGGAACUGGUGGUUUAGUGGUAAA